GAUCAGAUUGGGGGAGACACCCAAUGCAGGAGGCUGAGUGAAAAGGGGAGCGCUAAGACCCAGGGGUAGUGGAGGACUGCAGCAACGAGCUGGAGGAGGAGUAGAAGUAGGCACUGGGGGUGGAGGAAGCCAUCUGAUACCUUGGUCCCCUUUGAAACAGCAUCAGCUCUAAGGACAGGAAUGGCCAGUCAGUCCCAGGGUAUCCAGCAGCUCCUGCAAGCUGAGAAGCGGGCUGCUGAGAAGGUGGCAGAUGCCAGAAAGAGGAAGGCCCGGAGAUUGAAGCAGGCAAAGGAGGAGGCACAGAUGGAGGUGGAGCAAUACCGCCGAGAGCGAGAGCAGGAAUUCCAGAGCAAGCAGCAGGCGGCCAUGGGCUCCCAGGGGAACCUGUCAGCUGAAGUGGAGCAGGCCACAAGGCGCCAGGUACAGGGCAUGCAGAGCUCCCAGCAGAGAAACCGGGAGCGUGUCCUGGCCCAGCUUCUUGGCAUGGUCUGCGAUGUCAGGCCCCAGGUUCACCCCAACUACCGGAUCACUGCCUAGGAUCCACCAUAGAAUCUGACUCCUCCAGCCAGUUCUCUUCCUGGAAGAAACCUCCCAAAUCAAAUUACCUUCCCUUGCCUAGCAUGCUCAAGGCCAAGGGGUUCAAUUCCCAGUGCUACCAAAAAAAAAAAAAAAAAAAAAUCACCUCUCCCC